AUGUGCCUUACACAAAGGUUAUGUGGAUUACCUCGGCCUAUACAACCGCCACCAUCUAUAAAAUACUCCAUUCCUGCGAAACCUGUCGUUACCGUAGGAAGACCCAUCGUUGACAAUUAUGAUACAAUACAAAUGACCAGAGUUCUGAAUCAACUCCAAGAUAAUCCUGUUAAGGAUGACUGUGGAUGUUUUUCUUCAGAAAUUAUAAGUAAAUUGAUAGAUGCGCUAGUCGUGUCUACAACAAUGCGAAACAAUGGGCGAAAUGAGGGCAAUUUGCUGAAUGUCGCUCUUGGUGACACGGAUUUAUUGGGUGUAUCUAUUUAA